UAAUCAGCUGUUUCUCUCAAAGAGUUUUUCUAGGCGUUCAAGCGUAGCUGCUGACAAAUUAUGCUCAAGUAAUUUUGGCUGAAUAGGAUUGUGUUUAGAUGUUCUACAUAGACAAACUGUUGGCGCUUUACCACAUCACCGAUACUCUGGAGGAUUUUCGAAACAUUUUUGGAAGAUGAGCGACGGCGACCCGACUUUGAACCCUGCAGGAAACACCCUGCCAUCUCCGACGGCAAUACGGGAACCAGACAAUCAACAAAAGGAAGCCGCUGGUCAUGAUGAUUCCUGUGCGGACAACGAUUUGACUUGCUCCGAAUACCUAUCGCUAGCGAGCGACAACCCGACGUUGGAGACGGCUUCUGCCGCGACUUCGAACGAUCAAAACGACAGUGAUUGUUCGGACUUUCUGGACGCUCGAGAAGGCGGGAAAGAGAAAUACGCAGGGCAUUCCAGGAGGAGCAGCCUUUCCAGCGUGGUCGAUGGGUUUCUUGACGAAUGUAUGAACAAAGUAGAAGAGCAUGAGAGGCUCAAAGAGAACUUGGAAAAAGAGGAGGCAACAGAGCCGCUACAAAACAAUGAACACGAGGAAAGCAUAAAUAAUGAUCACGAAGGGCUCAAAGAUACUAUGGAAAAAACAGAGAAGGCAUCCGAGCCUCUAAAAAAGGGUGAACACGAAGUAGUGAUAUAUAAUGAUCACGAUAGUCUCAAAAAUGAUACGGAAAAAACGGAAGAUCCAUCAGAGCCUCUACAAAAUUUUGAAAAUGAGAAAAACAUACGUGACGUUCACGAUACUCUCAAAAAUAAUGUAGAAAAUACCGAGAAGCAAUCAGAGACCCUACAAAACAGUGAACACGAGGAAAAUAUAAAUAAUGAUCAGGAAGUGAUUAAAGACAGCAUUGAAAAAGUUGAGGAGCCAUCAGAGACCCUAGAAAGCCGUGCACUCGAGGAAAACAUAAAUAACGAUCGGGAGAGUCUUAAAGACAAUAUGGAAAAAGUUGAAGAGCCUUCAGAGACCCUACAAAAAAGUGAUCAUGAGGAAACCAUAAAUAAGGAGAGUCUUAAAGAGAAUAUGGAAAAAGCCGAGGAGCCAUCAGAGACCCCACAAAACACAGAACACAAGGUAAACAUAAAUAACUAUGAAGAGAGUCAUAAAGACAAUAUGGCAAAACCCGAGAAGCCAUCGGAGGCCCUACAAAAUAGAGAACACGAGGAAAACAUAAAUAAAGAUCAGGAGAAUCUUACAGACAAUAUGAAAAAACCCGAGAAGCCAUCGGAGGCCCUACAAAAGAGAGAACACGAGGAAAACAUAAAUAAAGAUCAGGAGAAUCUUACAGACAAUAUGAAAAAAACCGAGGAGCAAUCAGAACCUCUUCAAAACAUCAAACAUGAGGAAAACGUAAACAACGAUCCUCUAACUGUUCAGGAAGACGAGGGCAUUAAAAAAGAACUCCAUCUAGCCGACGAUUUCAAAGUCGAAGAAGUGACAAUAAAAUUGAAAGAAGCUCCUACGGAAAAUUUGCCUGGAAUUGAUACAGUUUUAGACGACCAUAAAAUAGAAACGCGUGGACAGGAAGAAACUGAGCUAGAGUCGAAAGAAACAAAUUGCUCAAAUCAAAAAGAUACAAACCUUGAACAGAGCGAUUUGAUGGAUGAUAAACAGACAGACAGCAAAUCUUCCCAGUUCCAACUGGAAAUGGAAAAAGAAGGAUUUAGUCUCGGGUGCAAUCUUUCUUUAACAACCGUCUUUGAUGAGAAGGGUUUGGCGAUUUCAGAAAAUGAAAAGAUCUGUGAAAUAAGAGAGAUAGUCAGUAAAUUGGAAAUGCCACACGUUCUCGAGAAAAAUUUGAAUUUGAAAGUGGACCCGAAUGAAAUGGCAAACACCAUAACGAAUAACAUAAUGGCGAAAAUAGCGGCGAAAAAGAGCCAGACGUCGAUAAUCGCCGACAACUCUUUGGCUAAAGAAAAUCUGGUAAGGGACGAGGAAUAUACAGAAAUGGACAAGACUGUUGAAAAGGAAGAACAGGACAUGGAAACUAGCGUUCCCGAACCUGACGUUUUAGAGAAAACUGUGCCUGAAAGACCAUCGCUAGAAAAAGAACAGGCUGAGCACCCAGAAACACCGGCCACCGAGACACUUUUGGAAAAGACAGAAAUGCCGGAACCAGUGGUCAAUGAAGUUAUGGAACAAAAGUUUGACGAUUUUAGAGCUCUCAAUGAAGUACAAGAAUUGUGCAACGACCUUGUAAACACGGUGGCUGGCCCAAUGACCCCCAGCGAAAUGAAGAUGUACAAAACUUUCUCUGAUGUGAAACCUCAAAAAAAUAGUGCAGAUAGCUGCGGCGAUCUAUUCUCGCCAGUCAUCCAAUCUCCUACUUCCGUUUAUGAAUACGAGCCAGCGGAAGAAACUUGCAAAGAGAGUUUAAUGGAGUCAAACGAAACGGACACUUUAGAACGCAAAAAAGGUCUGGUCGCGGGGGAGGACAAUGUUCACACAUUAUUAAACACACAGAGUACAGACCGAACAGAGUUAUCUCAGAGAGAGAAAGUAAUCCCUCUAAUCGAGGCUAAGAAAGACAAACCGAGUGAAGAAAAUACGGAGUUGCCCGUUAAGGAUUCUAUUCCGGAGAGUUCGCCCUCCGAAGGCCAACAGGCGAACGCUGAAGAAGACGUAGUGCAAGAACCAUGCACAUUUUUCACGUCGAACCUCGAUAAAUACGCAGCUGAAUAUACCCAAGAACAGCCUCAGGGCCAGCUCGAAGUUGAGGCUGAGAAGAGUGAAACCAUGGAAAAGGCUUCUUCGAGGCCCAAAAGAAAUGAAGGGAUUAUAAAGAUGGUCGAGAAAACCGAACAAUCCGGCUCGGGAAUACAGUCGUCGAUAACAUACAAGAAAGUCGUUCGAUCAAACCGCAUACCAGUCGUUAAAGCGGAAUCGCCUACCAGAAUGAAGCCAGUGGCCCCUAAGCCUAGUCCAGCCGGUUGUUCUGAAAAUGCAAACAGAUCCCUGGUACAGAACGCAACCUUGCUGUCUCUAAAAGAAAGAAUAGAUGCUGUGAGGAACAAGAGGCAUGAAUUGUCUCCGAAACUGAAACAAGGAAAAGGAGAAGACGAGAAGGCGGAGAGGAAGCAAAACGCCUCCCCGACACGUAAAGACAAGGAAAACGCCUUCGAAGAUUCAAACGAAGAAACAGUGGAACAGUUUGGAAAAGAAGAAAACCCCGCGCAGUUGGACUCGAAAGCCCAAGAACUCAGGAACGAAGAAGCCGAGUGCCUGGAAGAAGACGAGGCCGCCGAAGAAGAAAUGGAAAACAACCUGAUGAGCAGUUCGGUCAAAUCCCUCAAAACAUGCUCAGACGGUAGAACGUACAAGAAAUCCCAGCCUCCUCUUCCGCCGGGAAAGCUUUCGGCACUGAUGACGAGGUACAGGACCCAGCUCAAACGGUACAACACUCAUCUGGCAGAUUUCGAGGCUUACCAGGCCCGAAUCAAAACGGCAAGGGAGAAUUUGAGGAUAAUCCAAGGACAGAUGAUCGCCUCGUCGGGCGACGGUCCUGAAGGGUUCACAGUCCCAGAGCUACCGCCUAAUGUUGUUUGCAAUCCCCCAGUGCCGUCGGAAACACUGAAACAACUUGAAAACGAGAACAAGAAGCUCAAAGAGUCGAUGCACAAAAAGUCCGAAGAGCUGGUCCUUCACAAAGAGAAACUGACGGUGUUGAAAAAUGACGUGAAAGCGUUAGAGGAAAAGAUCGCGGUUUACGAAAGCGGGUCCGAGAAGCCGAAAGUUGAAGAAUCCGAAAAGCAUGCACGAUUUCAUGCUCAAAUGUCAAAACUCAAACAACAACUCGAAGACGAAAUCGCGGAAAGGGCUUCACUCGAGAAAAAGAAAAACAACGAAGUAACUAGUUUGUCGAAUAAAAUUAAAUGCGAAAUUUCAAAAAGGGAACAAUUGCAGAAGAGUUUGGUGCAUAAAGCAGAGGAAAUCGACAAAGUUCUGUCACAGAUGAAAGAGCUGAAAUUAGAAAAGGCCAAUCUUCAGUCGACAUUAGAUGAACAAUCUUUUCUGUUGGAAACAUUUAAGAAACAGACUCAAAAAAUGGCAGAAGAAAUGGCCAUGAAGGAAGAGAAGCUGAAUACUAUUGAAAAUUGUUUGCAGGAAGAAAGAAAGCUCAAUAACGACCUUAAAGACCGAUUGGAAAAUUCGGAAAAGGAAAGAGCUGAGAGUUGUCAGAGGAUCAUGCAACUUUCAGACCUUUUGGUCGAAAAAGGAGAUCAAAUCGAAGAAAACGCUGAGCUGUUAAGCAAGGAGCACGCAAGAAGCAACAAAUUGGCGGAGCUGAUCAGACACGUGUGCAACUGCGUUGGCUGUGACAUAGAUUCGGAAAUGUUACGCAUCUUGAUGAACAGCGAUGUCGAUGGCCAAGAAAAUAUCUGCAACAAGAUAAAAACCGAUGUCGAAAACGUGAACAAUGAACGAAAAGAAGACCUGCUGAGGAAGGACGUGACCAUCUCAUCGCUAAGAGCGGAACUGAAAGAAAAGCAAAAACUGAUUGACGAACUUUUGGAAUUUGCUGAUGUCAAAAACGCCGGCGUAUGCAAAAAAACCGAUGAUGAAGAUAGAGAGUCGACAACGUUUAAGCGUGAAGAAGCCAAUAUAGAAAACAGUCUGCUCAUUACAACUUCAAAGGAGAUGCAAAGAGUGAACACGCAAGAGUUGAUGGAACUUCUUGAAACGAAGAGGCACGCCAUGCAGAGGAUGGAAAAGCAGAUAAAAGACCUUCAAGACCUUCAUUCAUACUGUGGCAUGAGACGAACUCUUCAGGAAUCGAAAAUCGCAGAACUCGAACUUACUCUGGCGGGCUACCUUGACUAAAGCGAAUGCUGGUUCAACUGUCUUCGUCUUCUGUCGACUUCCUCGUUGUGUUUCGAAAAAGCCACUGAAAAUCCUUGUUUAAAAAAAAUUAUAACAUUAAAUAAAAAUUCAAAUUUAAACCGG